UGUCAUAGUACGGUUCACCUCUCAGAUCCAACGGCCCAAAACCCCCGACCGCCUUCACCCAAAAAAAAUUCUAAAAGCAAAAGCAAUACAGCUUACGACACUCGUCAGUCGUCAUAGAAGACUUCAUUAGACCCCCACUAACUGUGUCCGUUUCUAGUGAGAGAGAAACCACUCCCGACUUGUAAAUCUCACAGUUAGGGUUUGUUCGUACAGUGGAUCUUUGACCGGAGAAACGGUUUUUAGGGUUUCGGUUGACGGGAUAUUGUUGUGGAUUGUGAUUUUGGUGUAAGAUAAUGCAUACGAGGAAUAUGGAGAGGAUGAAUUCGAUUAGGGAGAGGGGGAAGAGGGGAUUGGAGGGGGAAGAUGAGCAGCAGCAGCCGGAGCGGAAGCGGCCGGCUUUAGCCAGUGUAAUUGUGGAAGCUUUGAAGGUGGACAGUCUUCAAAAGCUUUGCUCAUCCUUGGAACCUAUUCUUCGCAGAGUUGUUAGUGAGGAGGUGGAGCGAGCGUUAGCAAAACUAGGCCCUGCACGGGUAACUAAUGGAAGGUCAUCACCUAAGCGUAUUGAAGGGCCAGACGGUAGAAAUCUGCAGCUCCACUUCAGAUCGAGGAUGUCUUUACCGCUCUUCACUGGAGGAAAAGUCGAAGGGGAACAGGGUGCAGCUAUUCACAUUGUCUUAAUCGAUGCCAAUACGGGUCAUGUUGUUACAUCAGGACCCGAGUCAUCAAUAAAACUAGACAUUGUGGUUCUAGAAGGUGAUUUCAACAACGAGGAUGAUGAAGGCUGGACCGAAGAAGAAUUCGAAAGCCAUGUUGUUAAAGAACGUGAAGGAAAAAGACCAUUGUUGACCGGUGACUUGCAGGUUGUUCUCAAAGAAGGUGUUGGGACUUUAGGGGAGUUGACCUUUACCGACAAUUCAAGUUGGAUUAGAAGCAGGAAGUUUCGGCUCGGUUUAAAGGUUGCCUCGGGGUUCUGUGAAGGGAUUCGUGUUCGUGAAGCUAAGACCGAAGCUUUCACCGUUAAAGAUCAUCGAGGAGAAUUGUACAAGAAACACUACCCACCUACUUUAAACGAUGAGGUAUGGCGAUUGGAGAAAAUCGGCAAGGAUGGAUCAUUCCACAAGAGGCUGAAUAGUGCUGGGAUUUUCACAGUUGAAGAUUUUCUUCGCCUCGUAGUGCGGGAUUCCCAAAAACUACGUAAUAUUCUUGGAAGUGGCAUGUCAAAUAAGAUGUGGGAGGCUUUGAUAGAGCAUGCAAAAACAUGUGUACUGAGUACCAAGCUUUACGUAUAUUAUCCCGAGGAUAACAGAAAUGUCGGUGUCGUUUUCAAUAAUAUCUAUGAGCUAAGAGGUCUUAUUGCUGGUGACCAAUAUCAAUCAGCUGAUUCUCUUUCUGAUGGCCAGAAGGUAUAUGUAGAUGCAUUGGUUAAGAAAGCAUAUGAUAACUGGAACCAAGUUGUAGAGUAUGAUGGCAAGUCACUUGUGAACUUCAAGCAGCCUAAACGGUUGGGUGUAACUCGGAAUGAUUAUUCAACGGGUUCAAUAGAUUAUCAGAGAUCUAAUAAUCAGCUACUGCCGCCACGUCAUCCUGUUGUGGGUCCCUCUGAGCCCGCCUCUGUUGAUUCGAAUCUGCUAUUAGGAGGUUAUAACAACAAUCUGGAUAAUAUGUACCAAACUGGGCCACUUGUGGAUGCCAAUGAACAUGGUCAGUACGACAUUAAUUUUGCUUCAAACGGUCGCCACAUUGGCAAUUCUCAGCAGAUACAAAACAACGGGUAUGAUAAUAGAUCUGGGCUAGCUCUCGGUCCUCCACAAUCAUCAUCGUCAUCGUUCCAGCCUGUGAACACACCCGUUCAGCAGCAGCCCAAUAUGAACCCAUUUGAAGACUGGUCCCACAACAGCCGGGACAAAGGGGUCGGGGAUUUCAUGUCCGAGGAGGAGAUCCGCAUGAGAAGUCACGAGAUGCUUGAGAAUGAAGAUAUGCAACAACUACUUAGGCUGUUCAGCAUGGGCGGUGGUCAUAGCAGUAACGUGGCGGAAGACGGGUUUUCUUUUCCGUCGUUUAUGCAGUCACCGGCUCCGAAUUUCGAUUUUGAUGAGGAUCGUGGUCGAUCCGGGAAGGCGGUAGUUGGUUGGCUGAAGAUAAAGGCGGCGAUGCGGUGGGGGUUUUUCGUCAGGAAAAAGGCUGCUGAAAGACGGGCGCAGAUUGUAGAGUUAGAAGAUGAUGAAUGAAAAUCCGGUGCAUUUUAUUCAACCUAUGUGAUUGAAGUAAAUUUUAGGGGCUUUCUAGGAAUGGUAAUUCGGCUUUGCUUGUUUAUGUAUAGUAAGAAGUUCAAUUUAACAAAUCUAUUUCUUGAAGAGAUGACCAACUCAGAUACAUAUGAUAUUCCUGAUAUUUUUUCAUUUUCCUUGUAUAAUUAUUUUGGUUUGUGACAGUUUACUUGUUUGAAAAACAGGGAAGAAUGUAAUGAUAGUAACGAUGUGUUUC